AUGGCGGCCGUCCGGAAGCCGGUGCUGCUCGGGCUCCGGGACGCCGCGGUGGUGGCCAGCCUCACGGGGCCCGGCGCGUGGACGGCUAGCAGGCUGGGCGGCGUCCCGGACGCCCUGCCCGCCGUGGCGGCGCCGAGGCCGGCGUGCGGAACGUGCCGGCGGCCGCUCGCGCUGAUCGUGCAGGUGUACUGCCCGCUGGAAGGCUCCCCGUUCCACCGGCUGCUGCACGUGUUCGCGUGCGCCCGUCCCGGGUGCGGCGGCGGCGGCGGCGGGGCCGGGCCGCGCAGCUGGAAGGUGUUCCGUUCCCAGUGCCUGCAGGUGCCCGAGAGAGAGGCCCGCCGUGCUCAGAAACAGGAAAAUGGCCUUGUAGCUGAGAACUGGUGUGACGGUGCAGAUGAAUGGGGAAGUGACAGUGAGGAGACCUCUCCACCACCACUUACCUGGGACCUGGGAAAGGAUUCUAAAAGUGCCAGAGAUACAGACUGGACUGCAAAACUUCAGAAGCUCCACUUACAGGAUACGGCCCUGGGGGCCGCACAAGCUGCACCCCCAGGGGAAGGGCUGACCUUCCCCACCGUGGAUCUACAGUUCCAGCCCUACUACAUCUGUGUUGUAGACGAGGAUGAUUACAGAGAUGUUGUAGGCCUCGAUCAUGCCCACAGCCUUCUGAGGGACUACCAGCAAAGGGAAGGAAUUGAUAUGGAGCAGUUGCUUUCCCAGAGUGAUGGUGAUGAAAAAUAUGAGAAGACCAAAAUUAAAAGUGGAGAUCAAACAUUUUACAAAUUCAUGAAGAGAAUUGCUGCUUGUCAGGAGCAGAUUUUAAGGUAUUCCUGGAAUGGAGAGCCUCUUUUUUUGACCUGUCCCACAUCAGAAGCCUCUGAGGUCCCAACCUGUAGCUCCUGUGGAGGCCAAAGAACGUUUGAAUUUCAGCUCAUGCCGGCCCUGGUCAGCAUACUCAACAGGGCUGAUUUAGGUCUUUCUGUGGAAUUUGGAACAAUUCUAGUUUAUACAUGUGAGAAGAGUUGCUGGCCUCAAAAUCAUCAGACGCCCAUGGAAGAAUUUUGCAUUAUACAAGAAGACCCAGAUGAAUUAUUGCUUAAGUAGAAUACUUCCUUGUGUAUAUAAAUUAAGCACAUUUUAAUAUUUAA